AUGGGUCUCCUCGGCAAGAAGUUCCCGGCGCCUGUUGCUCGGCCCAUGGCUCCUUUCUACGUUGCCGGCCUCGUCAUCCUCUACGGCGUCAACUCCUUCGCGAACACACUAGCCAGCACCGACGAGUACAAGAACGAUCCGCGGAACCCGGGAGCGAAGAGCGUGCCGAAUGGUGGUCAUUAG